AUGCCAUUCCCAGCACUGAAUGCCUCCGACAUCCUCAGCCUAGAUCCUUCAGUUUCACAGUGGCCUUUCCCAAACUUGGACCCUUCAGAGAACAUCACUAUACCUGAUGAUACGGCUUUUACGGAUGGAUCACCGAGUUUGGUCGAGAAUGGGCAGUGGAAAGACCAUAGAACGCAUACGGAUCAUUCCAUUGAUAUGAGCUGGUUGCGCGAUGAAGAUCAACAAUCUUGUACUGAUCUAGAUAAGACACCUGUGCUUGCAGAGUCCUACAACACCAGAGCCCCUGAUCACCACUCAUCACUGACAAUACCACAACAACUGAGCAAUCUCCCAACAGCUCUUUCUGACUUCUUUAUACGAGAAGUCAUACCGCUUUACUGCGCAUGGGAUAGCCCAUCGAACCUGAUGCGAGUAGUAGCAGAAAGCUCAUGGCAAUCAUCGAAGGUUCUAUACCACACGAUGCAAAGCAUGUCAGCCGCUUGUCUAACAAGUGUCUUUCCCGAACUAUCCACCACUGCAAUUCAAGAACGCUUGAUAGCACUUCAAUGCCUAGACGAGGAUGACCCAAAUACUGCCGAGUAUAUCGAAGCAAGACUACUGGCAACGGUUCUGCUCUGCCACACUGCAAGCUGGCAUGAUCCUGGCAAUUUGGCCAAAGAGAGAUAUCAUUUGACUCAAAGACGAGUGCUAGAGUGGAGCUCGACUUCUGGGACGCAGUGUAAACCCAUGGUCAAAUUCUUCCAGACUGCGGUCGACUACUGGGGGAUGCUUCUGUCGUUCUUUACAGAUGUGUCGGGCAGCCCUGAAUCUGAUACUCUGAUCGGGCCCUCAGAACCAAGCAAUGAAUCCAUGCUGCACCCGUUUGUUGGAAUGGCGGGAGAGACAGUCAAGACACUUACUGACGUGGGAAAUCUCGUCUCCCAAUACCGUUCUCGAGCGUCGUCUAUCAGGUUCAUCACAGAAGACGACAUGAACUUCUUCAAGAGCAAGAUACGGGAGGCUCGAUGCCUAGAAAAAAGACUGCUUGCAUACACGCCUGCCGACACGUCCAAGAUCCAGGACACGGGUGAUCCAAGAACAACGCUAGCUCACUUGGCCAAGAUCGACGAAGCAUACCGAUGUGUUGGUCUGCUCCAAAUCUACCGUGUAUUUUCGGACCUUCUCGCUGAACGAUAUAACCCGUGGGAUGCAAAUCACAUUUACUCAGCCAGACCGCCGGCCAAGGUCCCAAGCAAAGCUGAGAAGGACUACUGGUUGACGAGUCUAGCACUGUACACCCUUGAGCUUCUUCGAGACAUCCCCUUUGAAUCGAGAAGCCGGUGUAUUCAGCCACUGAUUCUCGUUGCUAUCUCGAGCGAACUUCGUCGCAUGCCACAGGAUGUCACAUCGCUAGGCGCAGCGGAUGAAGAGUCACGGUGCAUGGGGCAGAGCAUUAUUGAACUUGCUCAAGCGCGGAACUUUGUGAAGAGCCGAUUGUCAGCAUAUGCUGAUGUCCUGCCUUUGAGAAAGGUGAGCAACAUACUUGAGUUGGUGACGAGUAUUUGGAGUGCUCUGGACGAAGGGGAGGUUGAUGUUUACUGGUUGGAUAUUUGCACUCGGAAACAGCUCAACACAUUGAUCGGGUGA